GGUCUUCUAUCGUAGAAAACACUGCAAAGAUACUUAUCAGAAACCCCCAAAAUAGCUGAAAAUUUAACUCUGGUUACUUCUCGAAGAAAUAAAAAACUAAAAGAGCGAUUCUCGCUUCAUCUUCUUCGAACGGAAGCCGUCAGGUACUUCGAUUUCCAUAAAUGCUCUCUUCAGUUGCUCAGAUCUGAAUUUAAUUUUUAUGAUUUUGGAUGGCUAUCUCGAUCUCCUGAUAAAAAGUUCACGGACAAGCAAAUAAUGGACUUAACAUUAACUUCUUCUUCACCUCCCCAAAAUUCCAGCAAAGAUUUCAUCGAUCUGAUUAAUCACCCACGAAAUGAAGAUAUUCACAAUCAAGGCUCUGGAUUUAGUGCUGGUAAUGACGGGAUUAAUAACAGGGAAGAGAUUGUCCCUAGCUAUGAUUUCCAACCGAUCUGUCCUGUUUCAACUAGCCUUGAUGUCCCUGGAGUUAUUAAUAAUCCCUGGUCCUGGAGUUCUGUUGAUUCUAAAAUUAAGAAGCAUGGUUCUCUUGAUUCACUUGAACCUGUAAAAGAAAUUCAAGAAAAGGAACAAAAAGCCGUUGACACAUCAUUAGUGGCUGCAAUUGACCAAACCAUGAAGAAACAUACUGAUAAUUUGAUGCACAUGUUAGAAGGUGUUGGUGCCCAUCUUACACAGCUGGAGAGUAGAACCAGUAACCUUGAGACUUCUGUGGAUGAUUUGAAGGUGUCUAUAGGAAACAAUCAGGGAAACACUGAUUGGAAAAUGAGACAGCUAGAGAAUAUUUUAAAAGAGGUGCAAACAGAGGUGCAUUUUGUAAAAGAAAAGCAAGAGAGUUUGGAAGCUCUUUUAAAGCUUCCAAAGCUGCAGGCGACCGAGAGAGACCAGCCAUCAGAAACUCAUAGCACUGCACAUAUGGAUUCCGUGCUACAAGCUGCAUCUGCUCCUUUUCAAUCUCACCAGCAGCUUCCUCCACCUGCUGCUUUUCUGCAAUCACUUUCUUCUGCUCCACCUCCUACUGUUCCUCCUCCAGUUGUUCGCCAGCAAAACCUGCCACAUCCAGAUCAAUUCCCUCAGAGCCAAGUUCCUUCUGUCCCUCAACGAGAUGCUUACUAUCCACCACCUGGCCAACCUCAGGAGACCCCAAAUCAGCUAUUCCCGAUGCCUCCUACUCUGCAAGUUCCUUCUGGCCCUCAGCGUGAUGCUUACUACUCACCGCCUGGCCAAACUCAAGAGACUCCUAGUCAACAAUACCCAAUGCCUUCUGCUCAGCAGCCACAGCCCUCUCCUGCAGCACCGCCUCAUCAGCCAUAUCAACCAGCCCCUCCACCUCAGUACUUUCAACCACCACAGCCCCAUCAAGUUCAACUUCCCGUAGGCCACCAUCCUGAAGAAGCAUCUUAUGUACCUUCCCAAACAUAUCCACAAAACCUACUUCAGCCACCCUCUCAACCACCCAGUGGCCCUCCUUCCUCCCAACGGUAUUUUGGGACCCCACCUCAAAUGCAUGAACCACCAUCCAGAAGGCCUGUUACCGGGUUUUCUACUGGAUAUAUCCCACAAUCUGGGCCAAGUGAACCAUAUGGUUAUGGUGGAUCGUCUCCACAAUAUGGCAGCAGCUCUCCUAUGAAAAUGCCGCAGCUCCCAUCUUCUACUGGAAGUGGUUACCCACAGCUUCCAACAGCUAGGAUACUACCACAUGCAUUGCCCACUGCAUCCGGGGUUGGUGGCGGACCAGCUCCGUCUGGACCUGGAAACAGGGUUCCCAUUGAUGAUGUUGUUGACAAAGUAACCAGCAUGGGAUUUCCCAGGGACCAUGUUAGAGCAACGGUUAGAAAAUUAACGGAGAACGGGCAGUCGGUCGACCUCAAUGUGGUGUUGGAUAAGCUAAUGAAUGAUAGUGAUAUACAGCUACCGAGAGGCUGGUUGGGGAGGUAAACCUGCGAUCAUUGAUUCAUGUUCAUGUAUAGGAGUUAUCAUCGAUUCGGAUUGAACUUAUUCAGAGAUUAGGGGGGCCUACAUCAACCCCCAUCUUGCUUGCUUUCAGGUUUCUCAAUUUCUCCCACUUUUCACUCUUCUUGUUUGACUGUCGAGUUUCUUUUCUCGCUUUUUCACAUUUGUGUAUACUUGCAAUAAUUUGAAUUAAGUUGACUAUUCAUUUUGUUAA